CACCCGCAGGCAGGCGGGAAGGCGCCAACGCUUUCUCCUCCGCACCCGAGGCAGCGGGCCGCACCACACCGCGGUCCGUUUGCUGAUUAGGUUCCCCGCUAGCCUCAGAACAGCCGGAAAAGGGAAGCUUUGGGCGGUGCGUUGCGCCCUCACCUCCCCUUCCGCAGCCCGCUCCGCCCCGGGUUGCUGUGGAGUUUAGCGGCCGGGCAGUUUUCGGCAUGGCAGUGGACUGGCUCGGCUUUGGCUAUGCCGCUCUGGUGGCAUCAGGAGGAGUCAUUGGCUAUGCAAAAGCAGGUAGUGUCCCAUCACUAGCUGCUGGCCUUCUGUUUGGGAGUUUGGCUGGACUGGGCGCCUAUCAGCUCUCACAGAAUCCAAAUAAUGUUUGGAUUUCUCUCCUUACAUCUGGAACACUGACUGCCGUCAUGGGAACAAGAUUUUACAACUCUGGAAAAUUCAUGCCUGCAGGGCUAAUUGCUGGUGUCAGCUUGCUAAUGGUUGGAAGAUUAGCGCUGAAGAUGGUGGAAAAGACCCACGAUAAGUAACUGUUCCUUUUAAAGUUUAAUAUCUGACUAAAGAAAUCUGAUACUGAAGUUGCAUGAACACAGAAGCAAGAAGAUGGAACGAUUUUCUCUAUCAAGACAAUUUUUUUCUUUUUGUUAUACAAGGAGGGAAUAGGAUGAUGGGACAGAUAGUUUACAUACAAGGUGCCAUUUGUUUCAAUGAUCUCGUAGAGCUAUUAUUGUGCAGUGAGAAACUGGUCCUGGGUUUGAUCUUUCCAGAUACAGUUCAGUGUAUUUUAACACUCCUAGUUUUUAUAUUCCAGAAGAUACUGUGUGAAGCAGAGAGGACCUGUAAUUAAGAAAGUAUCCACAAAGAGGCACCAGGAGUUACUGGCUAAAUACAGCAGUGUAUCUCAUACCUUUCAUACGAAGUAUUACAGUAUGCUUUACCUGUUGCAUUAUGAGUUGAUACACCACAUCUGUGUAACACCAAACGGAUUUUACCUUUUUAUGGUGAAAUGAUGGUAAAAUGUUGCUUUUCUACAAGUAAAAUCUCUUACAAACGUUUA